CCCCGGCGAGCAGCCAUGGAGCGCGGCGCGGCGGGGCUGCUGCCCCUGAGCCGCCUGGCCCGGCCGCUGCUCCGCAGGCUCAGCGAGCUGCUGGACCGCGCGGCGCCCGGCAAGGGCUGGCGGGAGCUGGCGCAGCGCGCGGGGAGCCGCGGCACGGUGCGGCUGAGCCCUCUGGACUUGGAGCAGUGCUCCCUCCAGGUGCUGGAGCCAGAAGGCAGUCCUAGCUGGAGUCUCCUGAAGCUGCUGGGGGAUCGGGGCUGCACUGUGGUGGAGCUGGCGGAGUCCCUGCAGGCCCUGGAGCACACAGAGGCUCUCCGGUGUCUCAGCCAUUCAGGUGUAAAGAUUGUUGUACAGCCAGACUCUCAAGCAGUGCUAUCUGGUCAGGUCGCCAAGUUGUGCUGCUGGGCAACAGGACACCCAUUUGUGCAAUACCAGUGGUUCAAGCAGGAAAGAGAGGUUCCCCACGGUAAUUCUCCAGAACUGGUUUUGAGUCCAGUGAGUGUAAAGGAUUCUGGCUUUUACAUCUGUCGAGUGAACAGUGAAUCUUCUUUCAUGUUCAGUCGGUGGGCGCGCCUUGACGUUUGGGAGCUUCAGGAUCCGCCUCACGGGCUCUUAACAGGUUUGCCUGAAAACAAGUUGAGCAUUUGUAAUCAGCCUCAGCCACAAAACCUGACAGUGGGGGAUGCUUUGGUACUAGAAUGUGGAGCUGUUGGAAACCCAAUUCCUCAUUACCAAUGGUUCAGAAAUGGAUUUCCUUUGGCAAAUGGGAGCAAAAAUGUCUACACAGUAACAUACGUGGAUGUGGGACAUCAAGGAACAUACUGGUGUCAUGUGUUCAAUGACCGGGAGGACGAAGACAGCAAGAAAGUAGAAGUCAUUAUAGGAAGGAAAGCUGUAGCGGUGGAGUGCACAGAAGAAGAUUUAAGUGAUCUUCAGGAAUCAGACCCACAAGAAGAAUCAAGUCACAGACCUGUGGCCACAGACAAGGUGGCUCUGUUAAUAGGAAACAUGAGCUACUGGAAUCAUCCCCAGCUCAAGGCUCCAAUGGUAGAUGUCUAUGAAUUGACCAGUUUGCUAAGGCAGCUGGAUUUCAAAGUUGUAUCUUUGCUGGAUCUUACUGAGUCUGAGAUGCGAAAUGCAGUGGAUGAAUUUUUACUUCUCCUGGAUGAAGGAGUUUAUGGUUUGUUAUAUUAUGCUGGCCAUGGCUACGAAAACUACGGGAACAGUUUCCUGGUUCCUGUUGAUGCCCCGAACCCCUACCGCUCAGCAAACUGCCUGUGCGUGCAGAACAUCCUGCGGCAGAUGCAGGAGAAGCGGACGGGACUCAACGUGUUCCUGCUGGACAUGUGUCGCAAAAGAAAUGAAUAUGAUGACACAAUUCUUAUUUUGGAUGCUCUGAAGGUUACGGCCAACAUUGUUUUUGGAUACGCAACGUGCCAAGGAGCAGAAGCUUAUGAAAUUCAGCAGCUGGGGUUGGCCAAUGGAAUCUUCAUGAAGUUCCUGAAGGGCCGUUUGUUAGAAGACAAGAAGGUCACUGUUCUGCUUGAUGAGGUUGCAGAAGAUAUGGGCAAGUGUCCCCUUACCAAAGGCAAGCAAGCCCUGGAGAUCCGCAGCAGCUUGUCAGAGAAAAGGGCAUUAACUGAUCCUGUUCAGCAAAGCACAUCUUCUGCAGAGUGCCUGGCACGGAACCUGCAGUGGGCCAAGGCUCAUGAGCUUCCAGAAAGUAUGUCCCUUGAAUUCCAGUGUGGUGUUCAGAUUCAGUUGGGGUUUGCAGCCGAGUUCUCCAAUGUCAUGAUCAUCUAUACACAGAUAAUUAAGAAGCCCCCUGAGAUCACAGCUUGCAGAGCCCACAUCACAGACUUCCCUCUCGACUUGGAUGUAGAUCCUAAAGAGGCCAAUAAAGGAACUCCUGAGGAAACUGGAAGCUAUUUAGUAUCAAAGGACCUUCCCAAACACUGCCUCUACACCAGGCUGAGUUCACUGCAAAAACUAAGGGAACAUUUAAUCUUCACUGUUUGCUUGCACUAUGAGUAUUCAGGAAUAGAAGAUACAAUGGAUGAAAGAAAGGAGAUUAAUGUUGGGAAGCCCCUUAUUGCUAAACUGGGGCUUCACCCUGGAUUCAAAACCCAGAACUGUCUCCAGACAUGCUGCAUGCCUGGUUAUCCUUUUCAUAAUCCAGUAGAAUCAAGUCCAGAGGCAGCUGAAUACUACAUCCCUAGUCAUUGCCAACCCAGUUCCUCUCCAGGUGUUUACCAUCCAAACUGUGCUUGCUCAGACAGCAUCACCCAACCAGAGGCAUGUUCCUGCAAUGGAACUGCCAGGAUGUUGUCUCCAAGACACCAAGUACAGCAUUACUCACCCACUGUGGAAAAGCAGAAUGUACCAGUAGAGACCACUGAUGAUACUGUUGAACUGGAAUUCUUCCUCUCUGACAGCCUUAGCUUCUCUGAACAGCAAUAGCUGGGAUGUGUUUGGACUAGAUCAGAGUGGCAUCCUUGAACAGAGGGGCUUCCACACUGCCUCUCCAUCUUCUGGAGUUUGGAAACUUCUGGACAAGGCCCUGGAGAGUCUAGAGUAGGUGCUGGGAAUGAGGUUGUGACGAAAAUUUUUCAUACCUUAAGAGACAAAACUGGACCAAUAGAUUUAGGAAUGAAAAAUGCAUUCUUUCUAUUUUUUUUUUCACCUACUAGUUGUUGUUUGGUACAGAGAAAAAUCUGAACUGCUCCAAGUUUCCUAUGCUGUUCUUUGGCCAUUGUGUGUUAGGAUUGGUCACUGAUGUUCCAGUGCCUGGGAUGUAGCCAGAAAGCAGCUCUGACUGCAUUCUCCUCUCUGAUUGCCACAUGUCCAGUGUCUGGCAGCAUCUGAGAGGGCUAAGAUCUGUACAAGGAACCCAAAACCUGAAGAGCCAACAAAUCGACAUCACUUCUGUUUUUAAGAGAACCACAGAUUAUCAGAGGCAGCAAAGUCACAGAAUCAUACUGUGGUGGAUUGUUUCUAUCUUGAUUUUUUCUUUUACAUAACACUCUUAAGAUUUUUGCUGAUCUGAUACCUGAUUGUUCAUGUUCUGGAAGAACACUAAUUGGAAAGAUGAGGGCAAGUGCCUGCUCAGCAAGCAAGGUAUUGUAUGGUCAGUCUCACAGACAUGCUGAGGGCUAAAACAAGAAUCACAAGAAAAGUGAUGUUUAUUAGGUCAUUGAAAGUCUUGAUGCUUUGAAAAUGCAAAAAAUAUUGGGGUGUAAGGAAACUAAAAUCAAAGAGAGUUUUCAGACAGGGGGAGUAGCCUUUCUUGUACUGGUAAUAUUGAGAGGAAGAAUUGCUUUAAUUGAGAUCCUCAUCAUAAAAACAAGAUAAGUGAAUGUUAUUGAGGCAGACAAGCCAGUUUCAAUCUGCAGUGGAGAGUGCUGCAAUUUGGUGGCCUGGCAAUGUCCUGGUGUGGCCAUAAAACUUUUGAGCUGGGAAUGUUAAUGCUUCUUUAACUAAAUCUGGUGAUCUUCAGGUUGCUCUGUGCUGAAAGGUGGAUAUAGGUACAUGGAUAUAGCUAUUUCCAGGAUGACAGCCAUGCUUGAAGUGAUCUGUACAUGAGCUUGAAUUUCUGUUUUCCUUCUGCAGGGUGUUAAAUACCAUCAUACCUAUUAAUGAAUGAGAUGUACCUGCAUUAACUAUUCUGUGCAGUUGACUUCUAAAUCAGAUUAUAGCUUGAGACAUGGUCUAGGAGUGUACUACUUAGCUAAUACUUUGUCAGUUUCCUAAUUUGUAUAAAAGCUUAUUAUUUUUUCUUACUGGGUAAUAAAUUGUUGUCCAUAAAAUUAUGUACUAUGUGCAUAUGUAGUUGCUACAUUCUUCUACACCUUCCAGCCUUAAAAAGCCCAAAACUUUAUUGAAACAAAACAUGUAAGGAAAGAUUUUCUUUAACAGAAAAGAAGGGGAAAUCUGAAUCAUGAGCUUCAGCUCAAGAUAUACAGAUCUGGGCCUGGGCUGAUAGCCUUGCUCCUCGAAGCUCAACCCUUGCCUCCUGAGAGGUGCAAAGGUGUUUGAUCUUUAAUAGGUACCCUUGGACAUACUUGUAUAUGCACAUAUGUACUUGUGUGUGUGUUUGUGAAUUGAUUUAAAUCCUCUCUGGGGAGUAUAGUAUGGAUAUUGCCAUCUUAGAUCUAGAAUUAAAUUCCUGCUGCGCUUAUCAGAAUUGAAUCAUUUCACAAAUGUUAAAUAGUCAGCAGUUAGGUGGUGCCAAAUUCUUCAGGCGUAAACCCCUGCCCAGCUCUGAACCCUGUGACUCAGCAGCAGGGCCUCUCUUAGCCUUUGGCAUUCAUGGUGCCUGUGUAAAUCAUUGUACAUUGAUUCUAGACAGAUUUUCCUCUGUGUGCAUCAUGCAUGUAGCAGUUACCAGAGUGAGCCCUGCCAUUCAACCUC